CUUCUAGCGACGAUUUUGGCACGCGUCACUGACACAAACAUUAAUUAUUUGUCUCGUCUUAUAUAAUUAUCUAUACAAGUGAUUUAGAGUAUUAUAUAACAUAGUGCAUUUUAACGACGUAUUAUGUGAGUCUGUUUAGUCAAAUGUAGGAUUUGUGCACAACACAAUCACGUACUUGAUAUAUUACGGUAAAUUUUCCCCAGCAACCGGAAGCAGUUGUCAACAGACUGACUGUCAGGGGCGUUCUGCAGUAACGUUAGUCAAGCUACGACAAACGUCCACAUAAUAAUAACACCGUAGUUUAGUUUUGCCAUCAUGACAGAAAUCUUCUCCUCUCUGUAUGGUCAGCCUGAUUCACAGGGCCCAGCAGGGCCGUCUGCGCUUGGCUUUGGAUCUGGGAAACCUCAGGUAGCCCAAAACAUGGGCCCGAUGUGUUUCCCGCAUCAGAUGGUGGAUGAAGGGGGUCCGAUCAGAAAACCCGCCGCGAUGAACGAGCCCUUCUACCUGCUGCGAGAACUGCCCAUGGAGAAUGAACUGACAGGACACACAAAUCUUAUCACACACUACAACCUGGAACAUUCUUAUAACAAGUUCUGUGGAAAGAAGGUGAAAGAGAAACUCAGCAACUUCCUUCCUGAGCUUCCUGGUAUGAUCGACAGCCCAGGCAUUCAGGACAACAGCUCUCUUCGAUCUCUCAUUGAGAAGCCUCCAGUGUGCAACAACUCUUUCAGUCCACUCACUGGGGCUAUGCUCACCGGUUUCAGGCUACACACUGGCCCUUUACCAGAGCAGUACAGACUGAUGCAUAUUCAACCACCAAAGAAGAAGAACAAACACAAGCAUAAACAUCGCCCGCAGGAUCCCCUACCACCAGAAACUCCAUCAGAUUCAGACCACAAGAAGAAGAAGAAAAAGAAGGACGAUGACCCGGACAGAAAGAAAAAGAAGAAAGAUAAGAAGAAGAAAAAGAAUCGCCAUAGCCCUGAUCACCCAGGCAUGACUGGGGCUCAGCCCAGCAGCAGCAGUUUGAGAUAAGAACUGCCUCAAUGGAACGAGAUGAAGAGAAGCACAAGCUCGACAAUUGGGCCUUUAAUGGGACGUCACAGAUUUAUGUUACAGCGAGAGUUACAGUGAGUCAGCAGUGUGUAUAUAUGUGUGAGAGUAUAUCAUUAUGUAAUGUACCAGAACACCUGGUAAACAUCACAUGUGUUAUAUUUGUAAGUGUCUAAGUGCCUCUGUGUCUAUUUAUGAGUAUGAUGAAUAACGGAACAUUUUUCAUUCAACUUUUUUAAAACC